AUGGCUUCCCCUCUUAUCCUUCGUUCUAGUCUUCAUAGAGCACUUGCUCAACGUUAUUUCCUCAGCGCUUCUCGAUCUGCACUUCAAGUCAGAAAUGAAAGUAGUCAGACACAAACGCAGUUUCCAUAUAUUCCUGGUGGACCGAUAUACAGGGGAACUGUAAACGACCCAACAUCAUUUCCACCACCAUCCCGUACACACGGAUCUUACCACUGGGCAUUUGAACGACUUUUGGCUGCUGGGCUGGUUCCUAUGACUGUUGCAGCCUUUGCUACCAGCGGUUCAAGCUAUCCCGUUCUAGAUGGAAUUUUGGGUAUCAGCCUGAUCAUGCAUAGUCAAAUUGGGUUCGACUCGAUGUUGGUUGAUUACCUUCACAAAAGGAAGUUCCCUAUCAUUGGCCCUAUCGCAACAUGGGGGUUGAGAGCUGCAACGGUUGGCACCAUGGUGGGGAUUUAUCAGUUCAACACGAACGACAUCGGUCUCACGGAAUUGAUUGCAAAAGUCUGGACAGCGUAA